AUGGCGACAAUCUCUGCUUCCAGCAAAGAGACAACUAACUACGCUCGGUUGUGUCGCCUGCUGGUGGAUGUGGGUUCACAAGUACUCAGAGAUGUAUUCGAGAAACUGCGCCCUCCAGGAAGCCUCAGCACAGUUUUAAAAAGUCCUUCUGUAAGUUCCACGCUGACUUCAUUAAAAAAGAAGCGAGUUCUUAACCAUGCACAGUGGACGAAACUGACCUCAUCGUCAGUGUCAUCGAUGGAUUUUGACAUUACCCUGAUAGCUGUCCUUCUUAGGAAUAUAUGUGGCCUUUCCGCUCCGGUAACUGGCUGGAACACUCCUCCAUCCGCAUCAGAUAUGACAGAGGCAGCCGAUAUCACCCGUAUCAAGAUUUACAGGAACGAAGUCUACGCCCACGUCAACCGUGCUUCUGUUGAUGAAGCACAAUUCAAUGCACAUUGGAUGAAUAUUAAGGACCCCCUGGUGAGACUCGGAGGAAUAAAGUACGAGACGAUUAUCGAUAACCUUAAAACUGAGGGAAUAGACCCUGAGAAGGAAAAAGUCUAUCAACAGCUCCUCACAGAAUGGAAGGAAUAUGAAGAAAGUGUCACAGAGGAACUUAGUGAGAUUAAGGAACAACUGGGGACCUUGAAUUGCAAAAUACAAAAGAUAGACGAGAAACUAGAAAUGACGUUACCUUUGGCACUCCCUGCGGAAGAUCUUUGUCUAACAGGUAAGAACUUUUUUCUGGUUUUAAAACUUUAUCAUUCAACCUGGGAUAGUUUGAUUUUAAUUAUUCUGGACUGAGAAGCUACGCGUAAUACCUGCCUGCUGCACUGCAGAUUAGGUCCAACCAAACUAAAAUUUUAUAAUAUUUAACAAGUAUUUGCCGUAGUUGGAAUGAAAAAAAAUUCAUAUUUUUCCUUUUGAAAGAGUUACGCCAAACGUAGUAGCAUCUUUUGCGCUCGUUAGAACUGUACUUUUUCUUAUCGCCUCUAUUCCCGUUAUUUCAGAACGGGAAAGCGCACUGAUAAUCCGGACACGACUCUAUUUCGACUUCCGGUGUUGGCGUUCCCGUUCUCCUCAACAAGUUCAGGACGUCGUGUCGCUGGUUUUCCCGUCGCGAUCAAAACGCCUCCGCCUGCGUAAAUUGUGCUCUUAUAAACGAGAAAAUGCUCACUGAAAUGAUUUCAGAACCCACUUCCAAGAUAACUAGGUCCCUUUCUUUGUUUUAUUCCGUGUAUUUGUGAUAAUUUACCGCCACAUUUAUGCUGGAUAGAGACGUAUCCAGACUGUCCGCGCGCUUUCCCGUUCUGAAAUGGCGCUCCCGUCCUUUUGAGUCCUCUGGCUAAAUCACUCUACUCCAUGAAACACGCGGCAGCCAUGUUGAAAUUUAGCUCCCAAGCUAUAAUCACUUUGCCAAUAAUAAUUAGUUAAUGAUGUUAAUUUCAAUCUGGAUACUUUCAUCCUUUGUAGACUUUAGAGAUCGUCUAGAGAAGCUGUAUAACAACUUAUGCCAAGUCAGAGUCACCCCUUGGGAUCCUGACAACACUGUACAAAUCGACGAAAUCUACACAGAGCUCUUUUGGGUCAGGGACAAAAAGAAGCCAAGUGGAAAGAAACAAGAAAAACUUGAUGAUUAUUCCGACAUUCUGAAAGAGCUUAAAAGCAACAGAAUCCUUGUUUACGGUAUACCAGGGAUCGGAAAAUCCACCUUUGCCAAAAAAAUCGCCAUUGACUGGGCAAGAGGUAAAAAGGAAAACCUAAAGAAGUUUGAUCUGCUGCUCAUGAUUCCGUUACGAAACGUCUGCUACAGUAAAACCUUCCAGAACAUGUUAAUUGAAGCAAAACUAUUUCCCGCUGAAGACCAGAAGCUCGUCGAGGCUCUCAUUAGGUACAUUCUUGAGCACAAAGAUAAAGUUUUGUUGGUUUUGGAUGGUUUUGACGAGUAUAGUGCAGGUGAGGAGACUCCAGUUGUUAGCCGCGUAUGGAUGGGGGAUGAGCUCCGAGACUGCUAUGUGAUUUUGACAACGAGGCCAAUAAGAGAGGAUGAUGUAAAGCGAUACAGCAGCGCCCAAUUUCAGAUAAAAGGAUUUGACCAUGCCCAGAUCAAAGAGUUUUCAAUGAAGUUUUUAGAAGAUGAGCAAGAAGUUCAGAAGUUUCUUGAUUACAUUAAGAUCCACAAACUGAAGGAGAUUGCGGAAAUUCCCCUGCUUUUGCUGAUGCUUUGUUUAGUCUGGAAGGAGAAAGAUCGCGAAGGGUUACCAGAGGCAAAAGUGCAUCUUUACAGCGAUUUCAUUCAAACCCUUUUAAAUCACAUGGCCGCAAAAGACGCUGAUGAAGAAGUUAAGAGCAUCAAGGGCUACGGUGGCGAUCUUGAACAAGUAGGGGAACUGGCAUUUAAUGCUUUACUGAACAAUUCUCUCGAGUUUGAUUAUGAACAUUUUCCUAACGAGCUUCUGAGUAGUAAGUUGAUCCGUGUUGGCGUAAUUCAGAUUGUAAAGCUCUUUAGUGCAAAGCCAAAGAAGAUGGUUGCCUUCCUUCACAAAUCCAUUCAAGAAUUCUUAGCAGCCUGGUUCAUUAUUCACAAGAUACUUCCGUCCACUAAAGACAAUGUCACUUGCAUACCCACCAUAAAUUCAACCAGAAAAAUUGUCGACUUGCUCGAAGUCCUCAAGUUUGUCUGCGAAUGGUCACCGGAAGGGUCGAAAGCUGUACAGCAGCAUCUGGCAUCUUUGAGGACAAACCAAAAUCCUCCCAAAGACGUUCAAACAGAAACACCAUUCUUGAAGGAUUUGCCGAGUGAUGACAAAAGAUUAUCAAAGUUGAGCCUUGAGUGUUUUAUCACUACACCUUCUCAAUUUAAGGGCGAAGUGUACCCGUCGUUGUUGAAAUCUCUCACAGGCGUUUUGAUAAUACCAGACACACUCCUGCCUCAUGUAGCCAACGGGCAUUUUGUGAAGUCCGAAGUCCUGCCUGAGAGUGUACUAUUUGAUUUUCACAGGCGUCCUUCUCCUAAAGACCGCGAUCACAUUUCCUCCAUCAUGGACGAUCUUAACGCGGUAAUUGUAAGUUCAAGAGGAGAAACGAAGGCUUCUGACUUUGUAAGAAGACAAGGAAAAACUGAUAUAUUGGCCUCUCUCUUAUUGAAACGCUCAGAAGAUAAGAUGUAUCUCUACUUCUCUCAGAUUGCCAACGUUGAUGUCGGAACGCUACGGGAGCUUGCGAUGCCAGCGCCAGCUACGUUUUCUCACACCCGUGCAAAUCAUGAAGAUGUAAAGGUCGGUGACAGGGCAGCCAAGAUGGAUUGGCAAACUCGUCAGCACUGUUUUUCACUUGCAAAGAAAAUUGACAUUGAGAAUUUAGAAGGCGACGUCAUUCACAUCAUUUCUAAUGUUUUGCCUCUUCUUAGCAGACCAAGAGAGAUAGUUUUACGAAGCCUUAAAGAAUCUUCCGUAUCUCAAGAGACAGGACGUGUGGUGUUAGGAAUGAACAUGACAGAGUGUCUUACACGCUUGAAACUACACAAAAUAUGCUUGACAGAGAAAUCUCUGCCUGUGCUAGCAAACGCCUUACAGAACGCUUGUAACUUGCAAGAAUUAGUCUUGUCAGAAAACCCAUUGGGAAGUAGCGUGAGGUGCCUGGCAGCAAAUCUUCGUCAUGUGCAGCAGCUGACUAUCUUGGAAUUGUCAGAUAUUUUCAUGGAACACGCAGCCUUCUCAGAUCUUGCCGAUUCUUUGCGUCAUGUUCCUGGCUUGGAAGUUCUUUCUGUGUCUCGAAAUCGACUCGGGACCUCGAUCUUAGAUUUGGCAGACAACUUGGAAUAUGUUCCUCGAUUAACUCGAUUGGAGCUGAGAGAAACCCACAUGGACGAAGAUGGAGGAAGGGCUCUCUCUGACUGCUUACAAUCUCUUGCACGGCUAGAGGUGCUGGACAUAUCUCACAAUCCACUGGGAAGCGCAGUUGCUGUGAUUGCUGAUAAUCUUUGCAAAGCAACCUCCCUCGCUGAUCUCAACAUGACUGACACAAAAAUGGGUGCAGAGGAGGCCACAGCACUUGGUAGCUCUCUUAUGUUCCUUCAAAACCUUACAACACUGUCCGUUGGGUCCAAUCCAUUAGCCCAAGGAGUCAGUGUUCUCGUCUGGAAUCUUUCUGAAAAAACAAAGCUGAAGCGACUUAACAUGGAGAACGUAGAGAUGAGUGGGGAGGAAGUUGACAAUGUGGCGAAAGCCUGCAAAAAAAUCCAAAGCUUGGCCAUCGUUAACGAUUAUCUUGUAAGUAACCUUUGUGUUAUUUUGUAG